AUGAACUCACCGAAUGCAGAAGCACUGAUGUCCCGAGUGAUAAUUGGGUUAGAAACUUUUCGAGCCACGCCGGAUUUGCAAUCCGUCGCCGAGGAUUUAGAGCGACUUAUUGUCGUAAAACCAACGUAUAAAUUUUUGGUCUUUCAAAACUGGAUAAUCACAACAGUUCGGAAAAUGCUUUUCGCAUUCUCGUUGACGUCGGGGAAAAAAUCGACUAUGAAUCUCCAUAUUUUUGGGUGUGGCUUGACUACGUCCAAACGGACUGGGAGGUAA